GUAAAGCCUCGACCUUGAAGGAAAGAAUGAAAGCUUGGAAAAUGGCGAUGACGAAGCCCAUUCUUCUUCCAGAAGUACGGCUGGAGACGAAGAAGACUCCCUCAGACGGUAAUGGUGGACUACUACUUCCUUCCACCACCAUCCUUCAAAAGCCAGCGCUUUCCCUCUCUAAACCUUCUUGGGUUGUCAGGACGGAGUCGAAUGUGCGUAGAGAGGUUCAAAAGAAGCCAGAACCCCCUUGCGUUGUCUGCCGUGGGAGUGGAAGAAUCGAUUGUCACCAUUGCCGCGGAAAAGGAAGGACAAACAAUGUUCACUUGAAGAUGCUUCCAAGAGGGGAGUGGCCAAAAUGGUGCCGGACAUGUGGUGGCAGUGGCCUUGAACACUGCUCACGAUGCCUUGGCACCGGAGAAUACAGGUAUAUAAUGGGCUUCCAGUUCAUGAAGAGGGAGACUAAAGAGAGUGCAGACAGUGGAAGAUAUCAGAAUGAAGCGAAUGAAGAUUGUCGAAGUACUGCAGAUCGACUCCUCGAUGGUGACUAGUUUGUGCAAAAUUUCAUUGCCGUGAAGGAUGUGGUUCGGCUAACUUCGUCAUUGGAUGGGGCCAAAUGUUGCAGCUCAAGUAUCUAAAUUAUCGGAGGUUUGCCGCCUCUAAAUGUAUUCUUUUCAGUCUAUGGGUGACAUACAAAUGUCAUGGCAGCAGCACCGAGAAUCAUGAAAUUCACUGGAGAAAAGCACACCCUUAAAUCGGUCGAGGAAGAUUGGCCAAACAGAUGAGAUGUAGAUCGCAUAUUUCCUUACUUUCUAGGUUUGAGUUUGAGGAUGGAAAUCGUUGUUCAUGGUGUGAGAGUGAAAACAGCUGCUGCUAUGAUGAUAAUAUAUUACUGAUACUGAUAAAAAGAAUAUUCAACCGCUGCUUCUGUUA